AUGGGAAGUAGCGAGUUAUUCCCAAUACAAGUGUCUUUGACUACUUACCGGGAAGACUCGUGUAGGGCGGGCGGGCGUUGCGUGUCGCCCUCCGCCCAGCGCCGCCUCUGUCCGAGCGGGCAGCGCGGCGAGGCCAGUCGGAGCUUCGCGCCCUCCGCGCCCGCUCGCCCGUCGAGCUCGCCAGCGGCGCUCGAGCUCGGCCUCACACAUGCCACCCUCACUCUAACACUAUCUGUUAUGGACAAGCGCGCCGCCAGCGGCCGGGGCGAGCCCAUCCCGAGCAUCCUCAAGAAGCCCAAGAGCCGCCGCAAGGGCGACCUGGUCGACAAGAGCACUAAGAUCAAGCGGGAGAAGGUGGAGGGCUCCAAAAAGGGAGGUGAUGCCAGCGCUCCGCUCCCACAGGGCUGCACGCCUCUCAUGUACGCCUGCCAGCAGGCUGACUACAAGGCCGUUGUCGACAAUCUCAAUAAGGACCCCGCAUCAGUCCGGGUACGUGACCGCGGCUUGCGGUGCGCGCUGCACUACUGCGCGUCGAGCGGCGCGGGCGCGUCCCCGGCGGCGCGCGCGGCGUGCGCGGACCGCGUGCUGAUGGCCGCGCCGGCGCUGGCGGAUGCGCGCGACGCCGACGGACUCACGCCGCUCCAUCUGGCGGUGGUGCACGGAAACGUGCCCCUGGUGCAGACGCUUCUGGCGGCUGGAGCUGAUGUCAACGCGCGCGACGAUGAGCACCAUACUGUCGUGCACUGGGCUACAGUGUGCGGUGAGGUUGGGGCUUUGCGUGCGGUGUUAGCAGCUGGCGCGGACCCGGCGACGCCGGACCAGCACGGAGGGUACCCGCUGCACUACGCCGCGCAGAUGUGCGGAGCGCCGGCGGCCACUGAUCACCAGAAGAGCGGGAGUGAUUCUAUUCUUCUCUCAUUAGAGGUGCUGCGAGCUUUGGUAAAAGAAGGCGGCGCGAGCGUAGAGGUGCGGGAUGCAGACGGCCGCACGCCGCUGCUGUGGGCUGCUUCGGCCGGGUCCGCCGCUGCUGUCCUGGCGCUGCACCAGGCUGGAGCCAAGGUCGACGAUGCUGACAGGGACGGUCUCACAGCCUUACACUGCGCGGCGGCUCGCGGCCACACUGAAGCUCUUGAGACGCUAGUAGGGCUAUGCGGCGCCCGAGUAGACGUGGCUGAUUCGCACGGCUGCACGCCGCUGCACUAUGCCGCCGCGCUAGGCCACGCGGAUGCAACCUCCGCUCUGCUGCAGCACGGCGCUGACGCGCAUCGCCAAGACAGGCGCGGGCGCAGCCCGGCUCACACGGCAGCAGCUAAGGGCCAGAUCGAGACUGUGCGGAUAUUAGGAGCACGAGGCGCAAAUCUCUGGCUCCGCAACUCAAAAGGAGACCUACCAUUACACGAGGCUGUAGCUUCAGGCCGUAGAGAACUAGUAAAAUGGCUACUAGACGGCAGACCUUCACAGGUUAACGCAACUAACCAUGAAGGACGCACACCUUUACAUAUAGCGGCAGCCACUGAUAACGCCGACCUGUGCCGGCUAUUGUUUGAUCGCGGCGCGGAGGUCAAUCCGGUCGCACGGUCGUCCAAAAAUGAACCGUUGACACCUUUAGACUGUGCGACGACGCGCGGCCAUAGAUCGACGGCCAAAUAUUUACAAAUGCAUGGAGGCAUGCCCGCUUCCAAGUUAGCAAAUACUCAAAUUGUUAUAGAUGGUGCUGCAAUAACAGCUCUACCCACGCGCCGAGUUACUAGUACUAAAAUUGAUGUUCGAGAUAGAAUAAGAAUAGAAAAACGCGAGGUAGUAGAACUAUCAAGUCCUGCUGCAGAGAGACGUUACCUUAAAGAUAGAAGCGAAAGUGAAUCUACGGAUGAUUCAUCUUCUCUAGAUCGAAAAAAAUCUAAAAGAAAAUCAGAACAUAAAUACUCAGACAGGCAUCAUGGACGUCGAAAAAAACUUGUGGAAAGUCAAAAAAGUUUUAGCGAUGGAUAUGAUAGUGAAAUCGAUGGCUAUGGCAAGGAAGUGAGCAGACAUAAGCACAAACGAAGCUCUAGAAAAAGUAGAUCAAGGAGUGAACCAUCAAGAAGUCAUGAUAAAGUUAAACAACGUCGAAACAAGUCAGAUUCAGAAAAUUCAUCUGGAACGGAAAGUUAUUCAGAAAAAAGAAAACAAAAACGACAUCGUAAGAGAAGUAAAAGAAGGUCUAGUUCUUCUGAAAGUAGCAGUUCAGAGUCAAGUGAACGGCGUAGUACAAAACGUAAAGGUAAAAAGACAUCUAUUCACAUUGAGCACGACGAUGAAAAGCAAAGUGUUAAUAUAGUCAAGUAUAAAAGUGUCGAUGCAAGUCUUGAAAAACAUGAUAAUGCCGCAAUGCCUGUAGAAACUACCACUACCGAUGAGAAACAAGAACAAACGAAAGAUGACAGCCAAGCUAUGAAGAGCAAGACUCAAAGUGAAACUGAAACGGAUACAUUUUCUGUAAAAACCAAUAUGGUUGUAACUGAAGCUCAAAUACACAUGGAAAGAGAGUCUAGCCAACAUGGUAGUUCCGAACUAACAGUGACUGUUGAUUCAUCUAAUAAUGUUUCAAUAGAAACUUCAAAUUUAUCACUAACCCAUAAAGAUUUAAAUGAAGAAAGAAAGUCACUUGAAGAAAAAUCUGGGGAUACCACAGCAGCUAAAGAAGCUGUUGUUAAUGAGGCAACUGCAGUUUCGAUUGAUCAAGCACAACAAGGUAAUGAAGCUUCAUCAUCUGUUGUAAAGGUAGAGGACAAAGAGGAAGAGGUUAAUAAAAAAGAAGAAGAAGCUCUGUUAGAUAACAAAGAAAGUAGUAAACAAGAGGAGGAUAAUCUAAAUACUUCACUAGGCUCUAAAGGUGAAAAUUCUCUAAAAACUGAACAAUCCCAACAAGAAUCCCAAGAUUCAAGUAAACAUACUGACUAUACUCCUUUGAGUGGUAAUGACGGUAAAACUAGUGAUUCCUUGAGCACUUCACCGUCCGAAAGAAUUCGCAAGAGAUCAUUUCAAGUAUUAUCUGGCCCCGAUGAAGCCUUGAUGCAAAGUAAAGAUAUGUCUGGUGAACUGAAAACUAGUUUGGAUGCUCCAAGUAUUGAACAAACAGAAUCACAAGAAAAAAGUAGUUCGCCGAUCGUUUCGUUCGCUAAUAAAGAUGAAAUCUUUGAAAGUAAAGAUUCCGACAAGCAAUCGGAUCAUUUGAUGGGAGAAUAUGUUGAUCAUAAUGUAUUAGUCCCAGGAAUGGAUAGCUUAGCACCUGAUGAAACACAAAAAGACAGCAGCGAGAGCAACAUGGCAAGUUCAGAAGAUAAACGCAAAGAGUAUGCUUCGACUACUGGUAGUAGUACUGAAAUCAGUCAAAGCGUAGACAAAGGCCUUGUUACAAUCAUUGAUGGACAAAUACCUCCAGAAGAGCGUGCAGUUCAACAAGUUAUCAUGGAAAAUGGUUCAGAGGAGUAUGAUAUAAAUUUACCAUUAUCAGAAUCACCCAAACGAACUAGAAAGUCUUCCAGAGAUAGUCAAGCAAGUAGUAGAAAAAGUAGCAUUUAUGAAACAGAAAGCUAUAAAGUGCUUUCUGAUAUUGCAAGUGCGCCAGAAGUUACUACAGGAAUUCUGAAGAAACCUAGUAAAAUAGAAGACGGUUCUAUAGAUGAUGAAAAAGAUACUUUUGAAAGAGAUAUUGCUCGUGAUGGUUCAUUUGGAAGAGUUCCUAGUGUUAGUGAUAAUGAAAUCUACAGUCAAUCUGAGGCAAAUGGUCGGAGAAAGAGAUUUCGUAAAAAAGGGCGCACUAAAAGUCGAACUACGAUAAGAUCAAAAAGUGAAAAUUCUGAACGAGGAUACGAAUCUAGCGGAUUAAUGGACUCUGGUUUUGAGCCUAGUCCUCGGGCAUUACAACGACGCAUUAUGAGUCCUCGUCUUGCUGCUUACUAUCAGCAAAGAAAUGCAAGUGGAAGAUAUUCAGGGAAGUCUGAUAGCAGAAUCCCGGUGCGGAAACCAGGCGAUAAACGAGCCGUAGACAUGAGAUCUGUUACCCAAAGAAUCCAAACUAAUAUGAGGAGAUACUACUGUGAGAGAAAGAUUUUUCAGCAUUUACUUGAACUCAAACGGUUACAAAUAAGAACUGGCAAAUCAAAUGAAUCUGUACUCGUAAAACGAGCAAUCGAUGAGUAUAAUAAAUCUAGCUUAGCUAGUGUCGGGCUUGGCCCUUAUAACAACCCAGAUUAUUCUUUUAGCAGUUUCGAGAAAUUUCUGUAUGACAGUUUGAGGAAGCUACAAAAAAGUGGUAAAAAGCACUUAGACAAUUUGCCUGAGAGGCCUAUAGAGUUUGACUAUGGUGAAAGCGAACUGUACAAGAUGAGUGCUAUUCCAGACAACCCGUGUCUUUGCACCAGCAAGACACAUCGAUGUUUCCACGCCGUUCAUGCGUAUACUGGCAUUCCAUGUGCAGCUUACUUACCUUACAAAUGGGACCAUCAUACAAUGCCAAAGCCAGCAACAGCAGGUCCAAGCACCAAAUCCAAAGGUUUCUUGCCCAAAAUUAAUUCGAAGCCUCCGAUAGGUUCUGGCAAAGCCCACGUGACGCUAGAAGUAUCCCAUGGCAGCGAAAAGCAACUGAUAGCCUUGCCCGCAGAGCGAUUGGACAAGAACAAGAGGUAUUACGUCACGUUUACUGUUAAAGGGUCCGAGCCACCAUCGGACAAUGACAACGCUUCACCCAAUGCUACAGUGAACUCGAAGGGUGUAAGAAGUGGCUAACUGUAGGAAUUUCCUGGAAAAUAAUUGGUUCUUUAAGAGGAAAAAAUGUUUUUAUUGGAGUUUUAACCUGCAGCUGUCCAAACAGGAAAUUACUUGUUCCAUAUUUAUUUUGGCUAUUCAUUAAAAUACACAACUAACUACUUCGGAGGUACUGUGUAAAUACUUAUACGUAUACGUAAUUAUUACUCACUGCCAGACGGAACAAACGUGUGAAGUAUUAUUAUCGACUUAAUGGAUAUUCAUGUGAUUGUAAUUUAGUCAGAUCUUCUAAUUUACAGAGGUACUAGGUAUGCACAAAGUUUAUAUGUAUUAUAAAUAAAAUAUGUGAUUAGACUGAGAGAAAAGAAGCCGUCCAUAAGCAAGUCCUGCGGCAGGAUAUAUUUAUUUUUUUAAAUGUAUUAUAGUAUAAAAGGUCUAUAAAUCAAAGCAAAGAACUGGUUGGUUUACAUCCCGUUCCCAUCGACAGAAGGGCUAAAGUGUAUUGACCAAUUUUAAACUUCUCACAACUAAAACUACUUUUCAUGGAUUCGCCCUUUGAGAUAACGCCCGUAUUCAUAAACGAUGCUUGCUUAAGUGAAGCAGGAAAUCGAACGCACAGCGUUGAAUAGAGCUCUGUGAUUGGUUUGUGUGUUACCCUGUGCGUCCACGCGCAAUGUGAGACCUCAUAGUAAU